AUGCAGGAAAUGGAAAAGCUUCACAUAGUUUUAAAUUCUUUACCCCAAAUGUCCAAAGACAUCGUAGACGACACAAUUCAUGAAAAGGUUCUUUCUUACCUUUCAGAGUAUACAUCCCAAGGACCUGAUAUGGUUGCCACUUUCAUGGAAUGGAAUGUCAUGAAAAUUAUACGCGUGCCGCGUCUUUUGGCUAAUGAUGACAGACAAAGCGCUCUUUUAUUUAAUCAAAUCAUUUACGAAUAUAGUGAUGUGCUUGAUUUUAUUUUGGACAAUGCAUUCUCUGAAGAAGGCUUGAUGCGAUAUUCGUGUAUUGAAGCUUUGGAACAAAUAAUUGCAUAUGAACUUGGUGCGAAAUGGUUCCAUAGCACAAAAGGUGCACAAGUUGUUAUCGCUUGUUUUCUUGACUCUAGCACUUAUGUGGCAUCAGCAGCUUCACGAUUAUUUUUAUCGAUAAUCAACCAUUCAACAUUCACAGAUACGACAAAAGCAACUGCACAAAAUGAUCUUUUGGAAUUUUUAAUCUCAACUCUUGAUCUUUUCAACAGGAUACAGGAAAUGUUAUUUAAUCCUUGUAAAGAUAUCGGACAGCGAUUAGCGGCUUUACAAUUUAUUUUAACAUUGGCAAGUUCAAAGACAACUAAUGCAUUCGAGUUUUUGAAACGCGGGCAGUUAUUAACCCGCAUGGGCGUGUUACUUGCUGAGCGCGAUAGAGUUAUGAGAUCUCGAGCAAAUGAUAUUUUGUGUGCUGUUUUCGAAUGGGCAUCAGAUCCUAUUUCUUUGUUAAAAGGUGCUAGCUAUACGAAUGAUCCAAUCACUGAAACGUUUGAUUUCGUCAUAACCGAUAUCGUUUUUCUCUUAUUGCAUAACGAUACAAACUUUGAUAUGGUCGUUGUAGCUGUUAAUGUUCUCGAAUCUUUGAUUUUAUUGGUUAAGCGCGCAAGCUUUGAUCGAGAAAAACUCGCGUCAAGAAUAAUGGAUAUAUUAGUUUUUUUGCUCAGCUUUGAAAAAGCUGAGAAAUCGAUAAAUAAAUUAUCAAUUUACGAUAAGCCUGAUGUAAAUUUGUUAUAUACCAACGGAACUUAUGAUAAGGUAACUGCAUCAACCGAUGUGAUAUGCGAUAUUUUAUUUGUUCCCAAUUAUAUCGCUGAUCCUCGUAUAUUGAAAGCAGUGCUUAGUGUCAUUCCUACUGCCAUUUCUGCCAAAAUUACCAAUAGUCAGAUUAAAGAAAAACAGACUAUUGACGAGAUAUUAGGAACAAUUCAAAAAUUGAUGAAAGAUACACAAACGGAAUGCCAAAGCAUAGUUAUAUUACUCGAAACAAUGCAAAAGCUUCUUGCUGACAAUAUUACAGGUCAAUAUAUUCUUAAUAAUAAAUAUGGGAAUGAAUGGGCUGACACGCUCCUAUUCAAAGUGCAUGAUUUUCGUUGGGAAAUACGUGAUUCAAUCCUUGAAUUUGCUGAUAAGUUAUUUGACCAGUCGAAUAAUACUGGGGUUGGUAUUGAUUUUGCACUCAGAUUUGGGUUGCCUCAGAUGGUUGUUUCAAAAAUUAGUGAUGAUACGGCUUAUGUGCGUGCAUCCUGCUUAAAAGCAAUUAAGUCAAUCGUCCGGCGUUCAGAUGGAUGGAAUUAUAUUGUUUCACAUAAUCUGCAUGUACAAAUUGUUUCUAAGCUUCCUCUAAUGAUGAAAGACACCGAAGCCCUUGUACGACGAGCUGUAAUGGAAUUAAUGGUUUGUCUUAUUAUAGAACGCGGAUGUGGUGCUAUAUUAUUAACAAACCAGAACGUUGAGAAUCUUAAUAAAGCUGUAAUGGACAAGAUUAUGAAUGAUCCAGAUUUUUAUGUUCAAAUUGGUGGUUGUCAGUUUCUUAUGGCAAUAUGGUACUAUUGUGAGCAAAAUAAAAACAAUAAACCUAACGGAAACUCUUUAAUUGGCGAAAAUUCAUCAUGGUUUUAUUGGCUUAAUGGAGAUGAAUUUCUCAUUGACGCAGCGGAUAACCCAAGCCGGUUGGUUCGUGGAGAAAUUCUUCAGAUACUUAGACGUCUAAAAGCUUACCUCGAAGAACAUAUAACAUCUAAUAAAGAUUUCAUUAACAACAAUUCACAAUUGGAUAAUGAAGCCAUUGAUACAUCCGGGAGACGGUCAUUUGGCCAAUUGUCUCUAUUACUGCAAAAACAUUCAAAUUUUUAUAGGAAAAUCUGCUUAAUUGAUUUUGAUCGGCUGGAAGCUAUGAUUGAUGUUGAGCAUUUAUACAAAGAAGCUUUAGAAAGUGUCAAUCCUAGAAUGAUGGUCAAUGCGGAUUUAAUAGUAGAAGGAAACGAAGACAAUACAUUAGAUUGUUAUUUCUAG